CCAGAUCCUCCUUCUAUCUCCAUGGCUCCCAUCUCUACUUCCGUCCCUCCAUCAUCCGUCGAGUCCACUCCGCUGUCGCGCGCUGACGAUGACGCUCAGGAACUCGCACGAUAUACGGUUGACCUGGACCCCACAGUUUGUGACCUCAUCUGAGAGUACCACGACGUUUUCCCAUCGCCGUUCUCUUACGCCGGCAUCCCAUCGAUGCGUGACGACAAGCACUUCAUUCAGCUUGUGCCUGACUAUCGUGUUCACCACCAGGCACCCUACAGACUCUCGAUCCCCGAGGCCACCGAACUCAAGCGUCAGCUUGAGGAGCUCCUGGGACUGGGUUUCAUUAAACACAGGAACUCCGCGUGGGGUGCACCCGUCCUCUUUGCUCGCAAAGCGGAUGGAACUCUUCGUCUCUGCAUCGACUACCACGGUUAAGAACAACUACCCCAUGCCUCGUUCCGAUGAGCUGUCCGACCGCCUAGCAGGCAACCACUUCUUUACGAAGAUUGAUCUUCGUAGCGGUUACCAUCAGAUCCGCGUCGCUGCAACCGACCACCCGAAGACCGCGUUCCGAUCACGAUUUGGCCACUACGAGUUCACGGUGAUGCCAUUCGGCCUCACCAACGCACYCGCUACCUUCCAGAGGGCGAUGAACGACAUCUUCAGGGACAUCCUGGAGCAGUACGUUCUCGUCUACCUCGACGAUAUCCUGGUCUAUAGUCGUACCCUUGAGGAGCACCUCAGACACCUCCGCGACGUCCUUGAUCGCUUGCGCAGACAUGGCUUCUACGCCAAGCUGAGCAAGUGCUGCUUUGCCCAGCACAAAGUGGAUUUGUUAGGACACUACCUACAUGUCCACGCAGUAGCAGAGUUCCAUGACCAGGCAGCCGCCGGUCAUAUGGGCUUCCACAAGGCGUUGGCUCGUGUGAGCCGCCUGUACGUCUGGCCGAAGCGCAAGGACUUUGUAAAGGACUACGUCGCCGAGUGUCCCACCUGUCAGGAGGUAAACAGUGCGAACCACUUGCCUUAUGGUUUGCUCCAGCCUCUUCCUAUCCCUGAGGGUCGUUGGUCGUCCAUCUCGAUGGACUUUAUCGGCCCCCUUCGUCCUCCAUCCCCUCGCGGUCAUGAUGCUAUCUUGGUCGUCGUCGACCGCUUCACGAAGCGUGCACGCUUUAUUCCGUGCCGCUAUGCCAUCAGUGCACGUGAGGUCGCCGACAUCGUGUUUGACCGAGUCGUGCGUGACCGCGGCUUACCUCUGAGCAUCAUAUCUGACUGUGACCCGCGCUUUACCAGCCGAUUCUGGCGACGGCUCCACGAGGUGUACGGCACUCAGCUCCGCUUCUCCUCGUCUUACCAUCCUCAGACUGAUGGUCAGACCGAGAUCACGAACAGGACUCUCAGAGAUAUUCUCCGAAACAUUGUUCGUGACGACCAACAAUGGGAUCUCCAUCUUGCCCACGCGGAGAUAGCCUACAACCAUGCCAUCUCGCCAGCCACGGGGAUGUCGCCUUACUAUUGCGACCUCGACUAUCACCCUUGUGUUCCCGCGGACUUCCUUCGACCGUCCCAGCUGCACCCCGAUACGAGUUGUCCCGCGGUAGAUGAUUGUGUUGCACACAUGACGUCGAUCAUGAAGACCGCACAUGAGCACAUAGCCGCUUCCCAGACUCGCAUGGCAGCACGUGCGAACCGAUCGAGAAUGGAUCAUCCAUUCAAAGUCGGUGAUUAUAUGCUUAUCGACGCCCGCCACUUACAGCUCGAAGUGGACAUGCUUCGCAAGUUUCGGCGUCGCUUCUUUGGCCCAUGCUGCAUCCUCCAGGCCGUCGGUUCUGAUACGGCUUCUAACCCGGUCAGCUUCCGUGUGAAGCUGCCCAACUAUCUACGACAGACUCGUGUGCACGAUGUCUACCACGUCUCGUUACUGCGUCCUUACCGCAGACCGUCUGAGCGUUUCGUUUGACGACCAUACGAGCGCCCUCCACCCAUCAUGGUGGAUGACCACGAGGAAUUUCUCGUUCCAGACAUCAUUGGCCGCCGAGUCACCGACGACAACCCUCCCCACGUCGAGUAUCUCGUACGUUGGAAGGGUUACCCUGAUGAGGAGGCUACCUGGGAGCCCCUCGAGCACUUGCAGCACGCUCGCAUGUUGGUGCGUGCCUAUGACCGUGUUUGUCGUGCUGGGUUCACUGCCCCUCCUCAGCCCACUGACCCUCCUCCUUCCCCCCCGACUGAGGAGACCGCUAAAGUCGAGCGUGC